AGACGGGUUCUGUUUUCCCUUCUCUUUCUUCUGCUCAAACUCUCCUUCGCUAGGUCAUCAGUACCAAAUUCGUUACCCUUACACUCGUUUUUUCCAAUUUUUUUCGGCUUUGCUUCGCUUCUACACAUUACUGGUUGUUCGACGUUUUCAUUCGAUCCAUUAUGCGUUUCUCUGCUACUUCAGCUGCCCUUGUGGCUUUGGCGGCCUCCUCUCAGGCCAUGAACAUUUCGGCUUCUUCCGACCUCGACGGAUCCGUGUGGCAGGCCCUCGCCCCCGUCGAAGCCCGGACAUUCGAGGACAUGCCCCGAAACCGUCCCAUCAAGAGACAAUCGGGUUGGAGCCCGCCUUCCAACAUUGUCACGCCUCUGAAGCAGGUUUGGGACCAUUGCAAGAGCACCUACACCAACAGUCUGUUUGGAUUCAAGAACUUUGGCUGGGACCAGGUUGUUGCCACCAAGGGCACCAUCAAUGUCUGCGUUCGCUGGGAGUCUAGCGCUUCUGUCACAGAGGCUCAGCGCACUCAAGUUGCCAAGGCCUUGAACACGGCUCACCAGAGCUGGUACAAGUGGCUCUACGGCUACGACAACUUCCCCUACUCCAACAUCAAGGUCAACGUGGUUGGUUGGGCUGUCCGCGACAAGAGCCUUCUCCAGGGCUCGACUUCCGGUAUCGACGUCUACACCGACAAGGAUGGUGAGGGCAUUCCCCAGUGCGCCGAAUCCUGUGGUCGCUUCUUCAACCAGAAUGGCGACUACAGCAAAUGUGCUGGUGGUGCCGCCCGCCACUACGACCAGUCUCUCUGGCUCACCGAUGGCAUGGGCGGUGGUGCCGGCGGUGACUGGGGCCAGCGCAUCGGCCGCGAGUACUUCAUGGGUGCUCUGGACUCUGCGAACAUCCACAUCCUCCAGCACGAGAUUGGCCAUACCUACGGCCUCGAUGAUUUCUACGACUGGACCCCCACCGGUGUCUCUAGCUUCAUCAUGCUUGCUGGCUCCGCCGCUCAGAUCACCGACUUUGACGGCUGGAUGCUGCGCAACUGGUGGUAUGAGCUCUCCCGUAAUCGUGGUUGGCAAUCGAGCAGCGCCGGUUCCGCCUCCGGCUCUGCGGCUCCUGCUACGUCCGCGUCCACCAAGCCUACGGUCAAGGCCGUCACCUCUGUUGCCGCCCCUAAAACUGCCGCUGCCGCCCCGACCAAGGCGGCCAGCUCCGGUGCGACUGUCGACGCAUGGGCUCAGUGCGGUGGCGGAGGCUACACCGGCCCUACCGUCUGUGUAUCUGGCUUCAAGUGCGUCAAGACCAACGAGUGGUACUCUCAGUGUCUUACAGCAUGAUUCAAGCUUGAUGUCACGACGUUGAAGACGUUUGAUACUUAGCACUCACGCAUGCCCAUCCUCCACAGCACUUGGACACCUCAACUUCUCACUCACAAAAACACAUUUUUUGUCAAUAGUCUUGUGACCUGAAGAGGUCUCUUUCUCUUCCGUA